AUGUCGGCCCUGUCGUCCAGCGACCAGGAGUCUUCGGCGGCGGCGGAGACGUACUAUAUGUUCACCGCGACGUAUGCUAUGGCCUCGGGUCUAACAGUUGUCGUCUUUGACCAAGUGCUUAACUUUGGACUUGAGGUGGACCUCGUAUGGAGGCGUCGAUCAUCGACGCGAGAGUACUUCUUGAAGACAGUCGUUUAUGCUAUGCUGCGUUAUGUCGGUCUUCUCUGGGCAAUAUCAGACUUCUGCCUCAAUAUGGGUGUACCAUCAACGGGACAUAACGUUCGUCUCCCUCGCAAAACAUCUAGUGAUGCUGAUCUGUGUGAAUACGUUAGGUGCUAUCAAGUGUAUAUCGUAGAAGAGGUCUCUAUCUACGUCUUGACUUUCCUCUUGCAAGGAAUGAUGGCGAUCCGGGUGUGGGCCCUCCUAGGCACACAGCGCAAAGUCUUGGUCUUUCUACUCACAACGUUCAUCGUCUCUCAAGCUGUCUCGCUUGCAGACGCCGUCCUAUUCUUAGCGGCAUACGCAGGAGUAUCUUCCCGCGUCGACGAACACGUUGCCAGAGACUGCGUGCAGUGGGGCUCGCUCCCAUCGUGGAGCAGGUGGCUCAUCCCAUGGUCGGCGGGGAUGCUCGCCGCGUUCGAGCUCAUCUUGUGCUUGUUCGCCGUUUUCCACGUCGUCAAAGGAGCCAGAAUCCACGGCUCUCUACGAUUUCGUAUGGGCCGCGUGGUGUCUACGCUUGUCCGGGGAAACCUGGUGUACUUUUUUCUGGCGUUUUUUAUCCUCCUCAUCACUGCACUCGAGGAGAUACCUUGGAUCCAGUCAGGCCUGUACUGGAUCACGUUCUCGUCGCUCAAGUACGUGUUCUACGGCCUAGUAGGGCCGUGGAUGAUGCUCGAUCUGCGCAAGGAAGCAUACGGAGAUCCUGUGGAGUCUGCGCCAAGCAAUAUACAGAUGUCGCUGUUUCCUCGUCAUCAUCGAGCUAUGUCCGCAACCGCAUCAUCACAGGCUUUGAUAUUUCACUCUGAUCUCUCUUCCGUCUCAGGGUUUACAAUUGUGGUUUUCGACCUAUUACUAAACAUCGGGGAAGAGAUUGAAUUGAUAUGGAGUAAAAAUUUCACUAAGAUGACAAUUUUGUAUGCUAUUCUUCGGUACGGUGGAGCCUUCUGGGCAAUCACAGAACUCUUGUGGACCGCACAUGUCCCUAUGACGCCCAUGGUGUGCGUAUCUACUCGCUUGUCAGGCCGUUGA